AUGAUCGUUACCCCGAGUGGAUAUGAAUCUCAAGAUGAAGUCGAGAUGGAGGUAAACAGCAAGGAGGAAGAUGUAGAGUACCCCGACACCGGAGAGUAUCUACUGGUGACCCGGAGGGUCCUGAGCGUUCAGGUGCAACCUGAAGAGACGGUCCAACGAGAGAAUUUGUUCCACACGCGUUGUACAAUCAAGAACAAGACAAAGCACCCACGGCCCUACAAGCUACAAUGGCUUAAUGAUGCCACAGAGCUCAAGGUAACCGAGCAAGUCACCGUACCGUUCAGUGUUGGUAAGUACCGAGAUAAGGUGCUAUGUGAUGUGGUGCCAAUGCAAGCCGGACAUCUGUUACUAGGCCGACCUUGGCAAUUUGACAAGGCCACCCUACACAACGGCCGAACCUAUUACUAUAGCUUCACACAUAUGGACCGUAAGUUCAACUUAGCACCCUUAAGUCCAUCUGAAGUUCACGAGCUUCAAAGUAAGAUGGCUCAAGAGUCUAAGUCCUCUAAGUCUAGUUUAUAUAUUACUUAUGGAGGAUUAAACCGUGCUUUAAGUGCCAAUGACACUAUAUUACUAAUGUUUUACAAAGAAUGUCUAAGCGCAGAAUCAACAGAUAUGGAAAUCCCACCAGAGGUCAGCGCCUUAUUAGACAGGUACAAAGACAUGUUCCCUGAAGAGAUCCCUCCUGGCCUCCUACCUCUGCGAGGCAUAGAGCACCAGAUUGAUCUUGUUCCCGGAUCAGCGCUUCCCAACAAGGCCGCUUAUCGCAUGAACCCGCAAGAAACAAAGGAGUUGGAGAGACAAGUGCAAGAACUCAUGGACAAGGGGUACAUCAGGGAAUCACUUAGCCCAUGUGCUGUCCCUGUUCUACUGGUCCCCAAGAAAGAUGGCAGCUGGAGGAUGUGCGUUGAUUGUCGAGCCAUCAACAACAUAACCAUCAAGUAUCACCAUCCGAUCCCACGUUUAGACGACAUGCUUGACGAGUUAAGAUGA